AAAGUGAAGUUGGGUGCAUAAAAACAAAAUAAUAAUAAACGAUAACAUUUACUAACACAGUUUAUGAGAUGGUAUUGAAAUUGGAAGAAUUUAAAGUUGAAGAUGCGCCGAAAUCCGUUUAUUACAUUCCGAACUUCAUAUCCACAGAAGAUGAAGAAAUAAUUACAAGUAAAGUUUAUGGUGCUCCAAAGCCAAAAUGGACUUGCUUGAAAAACAGGAGAUUACAAGACUAUGGAGGUAUACCACACAGAAAUGGUAUAAUCCCAGAACAGAUCCCUUUAUGGCUGGUAACAUACAUGGAUAGGGUAUCUGAUUUAAAUGUUUUCCAACCCAGCAGAGCAAACCACUGCCUUGUUAAUGAGUAUUUGCCUGGACAAGGAAUUAUGCCUCAUUUGGAUGGACCAAUAUUCUUUCCUACAGUAACAACAAUAACUUGUGGAUCCCAUACGAUGCUGGAAUUCUUGAGGGAGGAAGAGGGGGAGAGAUAUUUCAUUUGUAAACUAUUAUUGGAGCCUAGGAGUUUAGUUAUUUUGAAAGAUGAUAUGUACAAAAAGUAUCUACAUACUAUAGAGGAAAGAAUUGUUGAUACUGUGGAUGAAAGCUGUGUGAAUUUGAAUGCCACUGGACACAAACUGGGUGAUAUAUUGGAGAGGGGUACAAGGGUUUCAUUAACAAUACGUAAUGUACCUAAAGUACUGAGGUUGUCAUUAUUUAAUAUAAAAAUAAAAUAAACGCUGUUAUUCAGACAUCGGCU